GCGAGUUACAGAAUUACUCCGUGAACCUUUCUCCCUUUUCGAUUCCAUUUCCACCCCCAAAAUACAAUUUAACAAUCCCUCAAAUCAAACCCCAACCUUUACAUUUUCCCAUCGGGAUAAAAGAAGAAAGAAACACGGGCAAAUUAGACUUUUAGUCUCCCAAUCGUGCCCUAAUUAUUUUCCCCCAAAUUGACAUCUGUGCCUUUCUCCCCCAAAUUGACAUCUGUGCCUUUCUCCCCCACCCAUCUUAAUUCAAUUUCAACCUCCUUAGCUUCCGAAAUUUUGCUUCUAUUCAGUGGAUCAGGCUUGGGUUUCAUUUCAAUUUGGUUUGUUCUUCGAGUGUUGUAGGAUGGUUUGAGGGGCUUUUAGAAGUUGGUUGCUGGAUAUAGAGAAUGGGCAGCAGUGAGAUGGAUAAAGCUGCAAAAGAGAAGGAGCCAAAGACGCCGCCUGCUAUUACCGCGCAGGAGUCGUCAUCGACCACUAACUCGGGUUCAGUAAAUGCCGAUUGGUCUGGGUUUCAGGCAUAUUCUCCCAUUCCUCCACAUGGGUUCUUGGCGUCAAGUCCCCAAGCUCCCCCAUAUAUGUGGGGAGUUCAGCAUAUUAUGCCUCCCUAUGGUACCCCACCACAUCCUUAUGUUGCAAUGUAUCCUCACGGUGGAAUAUAUGCUCAUCCAUCCCUUCCUCCAGGAUCUUAUCCUUUUAGUCCUUUUGCUAUGCCUUCUCCAAAUGGCAUUGCUGAGGCUUCUGGAAAUACUCCCGGGAGCAUGGAAAUGGAUGGCAAGCCUCCUGAAGUGAAAGAAAAGUUGCCAAUUAAAAGAUCAAAAGGGAGUUUAGGCAGUUUGAACAUGAUUACCGGAAAGAACAAUAAUCUUGGUAAAACAUCAGGAGCUUCUGCUAAUGGAGGUUACUCUAAAAGUGCUGACAGUGGAAGUGAAGGUACAAGCGAAGGCAGUGAUGCAAACUCCCAAAACGAUUCACAAUUGCAGUCUGGAGAUGGAAAAGAUUCUGGAGAAGGUGAAGCAUCUCAGAAUGGACGCUCAGCUCAUGGUCCUCAGAAUGGAGGUCCUAAUUCAGCCCAUUCAGUGGCAAAUACAGCACUGGCCAUUGUACCUAUAUCAACUACUGGGGCUGCCACAGCUGUUCCUGGUCCAACUACUAACUUACAUAUUGGGAUGGAUUACUGGGGUACACCUGCUUCAUCUAAUGUUCCUGCAAUGCAUGCGAAGGUUCCUUCAACCCCAGUUGCAGGAGGAAUUGUAACCCCUGGAUCACGGGACAAUGUCCAGUCUCAGCUUUGGUUACAGGAUGAAAGAGAGCUUAAAAGACAGAGAAGGAAGCAAUCAAACAGAGAGUCUGCUCGGCGAUCAAGGUUGCGAAAGCAGGCGGAAUGUGAUGAGCUGGCUCAACGUGCUGAAGCCUUAAAGGAAGAAAAUGCUAACCUUAGAUCAGAAGUUAGUCGUCUCAAGAGCGAGUAUGAGCAGCUUCAUGCUGAGAAUGCCUCUCUUAAGGAGAGGCUAGGGGAAAUCCCUGGGCACGAGGAUCUGAAGUCUGGUAGGAAUGACCAACAUAGAAAUGAAGAUGAACAAACAGAGAUUGUGCAGGGUAGUCACUAGGUUUCAUAUACCCUGUUUCAUGCCUCAUCCAGGAGCACAACCUAACCAAAUUAGCUACAGAAGGUUUUUAUUUUGCAUAGCAUGUUUAAAUUUUAUCAAAGCUGACCUUGAUAGUUUUUAGGCCCCUUUAUCCUCUUAUAAUCCAUCACCAGUGAUUUGGCUUGCCUUUACAAUGAAAGUCUUAGGAUGUUAUGUAGGGUCAAUAUCCUGUCAUACCUUUCCCUAUUGAAAGAAGGGUACAGUUUAACUUUUCAGGCUUGUUUUAUGUUAAAAUAUGAUUGAUGAAUGUUUUAACUGUGGGAAGUAAUGAACUCUGAUUCAUUAA